GGACGUUUCGGCUGGCGUUCGAAAACGCCCGCUGCAGGGGCAUGUCUACGGGCGGGUUAGAUAGCCGUUGGCUGCAAUGUUUGAAUUUGACUUGGAGCUUGGGAUGUCGAUGGCGCCUAUCGGUCGUGGAACCGUUGUCCCGUCGGUCAUCAGCAGUGCUCCCCUAUAUUGUUGCCCUCUGUCGUGUUCGAAAGCUGCGAGCUCCGUUCCUUGUACUUACCGGGAUGAGCACAUGGCUGACAUGCUGAGGAAGACGACUCUCAUCAUUUUCCUAGUUGGGGCGUUGCUACUGGUGAUCAUUCUGCACUUGUGGCAAGUGGUCGGCACUUUCAACCGCGUUGGAAGGAGGAGGGGUUCGAAGAAGCUUCGACAGGCUGCAUCGGUGAAGACAGGCAUGGGCGAUGGAUACGGAAGGGGGGCAGAGGGUUAUGGGAUCGGCAGAGGGGGCUAUGCAGUAGGGGGUGGGGCGGAGCAGAGCGUGCAUCACAGAUUUGAUCCCAAUCUGUAUUCGCAUCUGCCCCCUCACCAGCAGCCGUUGCCUUAUGACAUUACGUGGGCGCCGCCUUCGUCCACCCUGGAUCUGGCAUGGGGGUCGACUCAGACGUCUUACGACACACCUGCCAGAGUGGACGAACGGAGAGGGGGGCUUGGUCCCAUGUCCACACUGCUGGCAGACAUGCGGGAAGGACGCAGUCUUCCAGUUGACCUGCAACUCUCUCCAUCCACCACCAUGGAUGUGUCGAGAACGGUCGUCAUUAACGACAACGGCCAAGGCUGCGGGAGCACCUCUCAGACGAUGCAAGACGCCGGCUUCGACGAUGGGAUUUCACACCUCCGGUCGAACCGGGUGCCAACGUCCGUGGCGAGCGAACCCCAACCUGUGCCGACUCCUGUUCAUCGCCCGUCGUCUACCGCCCCCUACGUGCAGGCAGGGAGUUGUGACGUGUCAACGGGUGGUGGAUCCCCUCGUUGUGUGGAGCGCAUUAUAUGCCGCUUCAAUAACAUGCGGGCGACCAGUGACGACGAUGGCGCACGGCAGGGCGGUGCUGCAACAGAAACAGAGCCGGUUGACGUCGACGUCGGCGAUGACGAUGACGAAUACGACGAUGGGGAAGAGGUCGUCGUCAAGGAAGCGACAGCUGGCAGGAAGAAACAACAAGCAUCCAAAGGGCGGGGAAAGGGGAAGUCGACUGGCAAGGAUGGCGGAACGAACGGGGAUGGUGGCGACAGUGGUGGGCGGGCAAAUUGGAAUCUGAACGAGUCCCUGGUCCUUGUGCGCUGCAAGAGAGACCAAGAAGACUAUUUCGCCAAUGCUGGACACAAUUUCGCUCGCAUGAAAACAAAGGACCAGAAAUGGGCGGACAUCGCGAAGAGGAUGGAUAAGGAAGGAGUUCGGCGGGACGGGGAGCAAUGCAUGAAGAGAGAGCUACGCCAUCGCACUUGUGUGGGGGUGCGCACGCGCGCAACGAUGGACAUCCAAGUGGCGCUCAGGGGUCGUGUGCUAGGACGUACCACCACAUGCUAUGAGAUGAGGCAUCGUCGCGGAGAGGACGAUGACAGUGUUUACAACUUCGUGAAACCGACGACGAUCCGCGAAGUGCGGCAGUAUGAGGUGGAUGCAGACGGAGAGACCGUCCUGUACGCCAGUCUGUGUCUGGGAUUCGAGGACGACCUGCUAUGUGAAGCAGUCGGUCACGUGGCCAAGGUCAGUCGAGCCAUCCCCAACCGCUGGGACGGAGGGGUCGACGUGCUUGCGGACAUCAUCGACCUCCUGAUCUGCAACCUCGCCGACGAGUACGGGGAUCACAUGACCGAUCACCCGGAUUUCAGGGUGCACCCCGAUCCUCCGCUGCACGACCGGCCGGGUCUCCGCGGUGACAUCCGGAAAUUCGACGACUAGCUUCGGAUGGAGGUGUUGGCAGCAUGCCACUCGCGGUGACAUUCGCUGUGACGAGCGC